GUUGUGUAUUAUGGCAGCGGUUCAAUGAUGAGAUGAACACCUGCGGUUCGUGCACCGUGAGGAUACUCUUGAAUUGGUCCCGCGUAAAAAGUGACCUCCCCCUCCUCCCGAAGAAAUCCUGAAAUCAGUUGGCUCUUUCUCCAGAGCUUCCGUAGAGCCCAGGGCAGAUACAAAAACACACCCAGUGUAGACAACGAGUAAAUCGACUAUACAAGGCAAAGUUUGCGCUGCUCGGAUCCAUGUUGGUUGUGUGGAAUUACUUAUACGUGGUUAAGCAGUGAAGCGCCUCCCAGUGCCUCGGUCAUAGACCAUGAAACCCAGCGCAUUUAUGCAAAACGCAUUUUGGGUUGAGCGCGAUCCUAUAGCUGAGGAGGGUCCUUCCACUUGCCCACAGGGCCCCCUCCACCUCAACCUUCCUUCCCUUCUUUAUACAUCUCCUCCUGCAUGGACUCUCGAUGCCGGAACAUGCUAAAAUAUUUGGGCAGAAACUCGGUUCCGUUGCUGGAGUCUGUGGCUGGAUUCUAAUUUGAUGUUUUGCUGGGAAUAAUCUCCCUAUUUCUGACAGAAAAGAACUUACGCUGACUAUUACAGCUCAAGAAAACUAAGUGAACACACAAAACAGUUAAAUUAUUAGAUGUUUGAUCAAGCCACGAGUAUGGGCGAUGGAAUCGCCGAAGACCGAAACCACCGUGAAUCCAAUUCGUUGUGCCGUGACCGCGGCAGAGACUCCAAAAGCUGGACGGAAGUUCGGAACCGGUCACCUGUGCAGAGUUCUACCGACACACCGGGGACUUCGGCGUCCACACCGACUUCAUCUAGCGAGGAUGGACACGAUAAACUUUUAGGAGUCGAUCCGGACUAUUGCCGAAGGAUUCUGGUUAGAGACGCCAAGGGCACUAUUCGGGAGAUUGUUCUGCCGAAAGGCCUGGAUCUGGACCGGCCGAAGCGCACGCGGACCUCGUUCACGGCGGAGCAGCUCUACCGGCUGGAGCUCGAGUUCCAGCGAUGCCAGUAUGUGGUCGGACGCGAGCGCACGGAGCUCGCCAGACAGCUCAAUCUGUCAGAAACUCAGGUGAAAGUGUGGUUUCAAAACCGCCGCACCAAACAGAAGAAGGACCAGACCAAGGACACUGACAAACGGUCGUCGUCCACUUCCGAAUCGCUCGCCACUUGCAACAUCCUGCGGCUGCUUGAACAGGGGCGUCUUCUGUCUGUGCCUGCACAUCCGCCCAACCCGCUGCUGGCUCACCCGCACGCAGGCAACAGCUCACUCCUGGACAGCCCGUCCGUAUCCACUUCCUCUGGGGUGAGUAGCAGCACCACGCCUCCCAGGGCGGUGGCGGGCGGGACGUUCGGACUGUCGCUGUCUUCUUUAGGCGGCACCUCGCCAUGCCUCGGGGUCCCACCGCCCUCCCUAUGCUUUACCAUGCCUCUCCUGGGUGGCACCCAUCACGAACUGCCAUCGGGAUAUGGGUGCGGAUCCUCAGCCUUCGAGCCCUACAUGAGGAUAGAGAGGAAGGACGGAGAGUUAAAUGGGAAGAAGACUGUUUCCUAAAAACUUUCCCAACCGACUGGUACCUUCCCCCUUCUACCUGUCUCAGGGGUCUCACCUGUGCUGUGAACAACCGGAAGGUUCGCAAACUAACAGAAAGAGAUUGAAAGACGGCCUCUCUUGCGCUAGUGCCUACAACCAAACCGAGGCCGGUCAGACUCCAUCGUUCCAGUGGAGGGGAGCGUUUGGGACGAAGCCUGUAAUUAAGUAUCGCUGUGUUCGGUGAAUUUCAUCGUCCACAGGUUUCCUUCCAUUUUUGCAUUAAUUGUGUGGUGAGGAACUUAUUCUAUGUGAACGAUGGAAAACGCUGUAAAUGUAACCGUGACUGUAAAAGGCUAAAUCAUUUCACAAGUUGAGUGUAAAAAAAAAAAAAACUA